GUAAAUAGAAGUUGAUAUCUUGAAUAAAAUACGAUAGAAAUGUAGAAAAAAACUAUACAAGUGAGCAUUAUUAAUUCACUAUUAAUGUUUUCUAUAAAGUGCUUAAUAUUAUUUUGAUCAUCGAUUCCUAUUAAGGUACAUAUUUACCUACUUACAUAGUGAAACUAUCAAAAAUUGGCUUGUAUGGAACUAGAAUGGAGUUUGUAACUGAAGUGUCAGAGUUUGUGCGAUUGAAGGAGGAGCCCGCUGAGCCAGAAGCGGAGCCCGAGCGGCGGCCGCCCGGCGCGGCGCGAGCAGUGCACAUCAAAGAAGAACCACAGAAUGAACAUCAGUCAGAUAGUGACGAAAUAGAAGAUUGUUUGCAACACACAACGAGUGAAUACGAAAUAAAGGAAGAUCCCUCAUGCUUUGAAAAUAUUGUGAGCGAUGUGAUACAUGGCUUGUGUGACGGUAGAGUGAAGGAUGAGGUUAUGCAGCCGGAGUCUGUGCCACAGAUCCCACAGACAGCCUCCUACUCGAACAUGGAGCGUGUGAGCGAAGCAGCCAUGCUGGCCGGCCUGUACACGGACCAUGAUGUUAAAGAUGAGCUUGUGCUGGGUGCGGAGUGCCCAUAUCGCCCUGAUGUCACUCUAGUAGUUCAUGGUCGCAUUGGCCAUACGCUUCGAGAUUGCUCUGUGACACUUGAACGCAUCCCACACAUUGAUGUGCUCGCUAAGCGACAAGGCACAACUAGUAGUGACACUGAGUCCGAUACUGAUAAAUUUACAUUUAGAGGUGAAUUUCACACUGAAGAGAAAGAACCAUUAUGUGAUAUUUGUGGUGAGAGACACAGUGUAAAAUCAGAUUUAGUGAAACAUGUCAUAGAUCAUAUCCACAGACUUCCGAGCAUGGAACAGGAAGGCGGUGCGCAGGGCAAUGCAUUUGCUGGUCAGUGCCAGCAAGAGCAGGAGCGGGCUUUGUGCCGAAGAUACGCGAUCCAGGACUGCCGCGUGCGCCUCGAACGGCUCCGACACCACGAGGCUCUUGCCACCAACGACACGCAACACACGCAUACGGAAAUUGAUGCGGAGGAUAUACACACUAGAGUUGACAAUGGGAAACCUACUUGUGAUCUUUGUGGAGAUAGUUUUGCACUGAAAUCGGAUUUGAAAAAACAUAUCAUGAUUGAUGUUCACAUGCCGACCACACGACGUUCACAAGACCUUAGUCUGAACAAGGAAUCAGAUAAUAGGAUUCAUAUGUAUGAGUGUGAUAUUUGCGGUGAAACAUUUCAGCAAAAAAAUACUUUACAAAUUCAUAUUCUAACACACUCAACACAGUCAAAGUCCAAGGACUCUAAAUGCGAUAACAUAGGAGAAAAAUCUUACAGUUGCGAAAUAUGUGCAGAGAGUUUCCGAAGUAGAUUCCGAUUGAAUAAACAUAGAAGAGUUCAUUAUAAUAUAAGUUCAUAUUCUUGCCACGUAUGCGAAAAAAGAUUUAAAAUUCCUUCUGAUUUUAAAAGACAUACAAGUUUAUGUAGUGACAAACGACCAUAUUCAUGUUUGAGGAUGUCCGCCAACUUGUUGAAUGCCGCCCAACCCAGCUGGGUUCUCCUAGAGAUCUCCUGCUCCUGUUGUGUUAUGUCCAAGAUACACGUAAUGCUUGACAGACUCUAG